AUGACACAGGCAAUGCUUGCAGGCGAAAUCAACGAUGUUCAUCAUCAGCCUUCAGUAUCUCUGACAAAUAGAUUACCCUGUUAUAUAAGACAAACAUGCAAAUCGACUUCGGGAAUGGUGCUUGCGAAAUCAAACGAUCACAAUAACAAACUAUCUGAAGUUGACUCAUCAUCAUCAUCAUCAUCUUCGUCUUCAUCGUCAUCGUCCUUGCACACUAAUGAAGAUCAUGGCAAUAAUAGUGUAGCUGUUUUUUCCCUCUCCUCAUCAUCAUCAACAUCAUCCUUAACCGAAUUUAUCGAACCACCAUCAUUCAUGUCAACACGUAUCCUACCCGUCGGAGUUUAUCGUGAUCAAGAACAACCACCAUCGUCGUCGUCCAAUUCUACUGAACAAAAGUCUUCGGCAUCCCUGACGACACGUUUCAAUGCGUAUCGCCCAUAUGAAAAUAAUCAACUACAAUUUCCAUCCAGUUGUUCCAAUACAUCUUCGUCAUCGUCUUCAUCAUCACUGUCAUUAACCACAAAGAAAGAUUUUCUAAUAAACCACACACGUGCACAAAAUGAACAAACUACAAAUUCAAGUGCUACUGCGUCUAUGCUUUUAAAAACACCGAACUAUUCGCCAACUGUGGAUGCAUUAUCCAUCGAACAAGUUCUCUUCAACAUGGUACGAUUCGAUGUAAUUAAAUCAAAUUUUGGUGACUAUUAUCAAUUGGGUGAAUUUAUCCGAAGUGGAGGAUUUUCCGAUAUCUACGAAGGCACUCGUUUGAGUGACAAUAAACCAGUUGUAGUCAAGUUUAUUCCAAAAGAGAAAACAAAAAAUUGGUUGAUGAUUAGUCAGAAAAAGUAUCCAGCGGAAAUUUUAUUACAUAAAGCCGUGCAUGAAAUACAAGGUAGAGUAUUCCUAGUUAUGCUUUCGGUUGGCACACAUCUUUGUUCAUCUUUGCCAGGUAUUAUUCAUGUGUAUGAUUAUUUCGAGAAUGCUCAACACUGGAUAUUAGUCAUGGAACGUUUACGUAAUUGUCAAGAUCUAUUCGACUUUCUCGAGUCGACGGAGAGUGGCCAUUUGAGCGAAGCAACAGCGCGAAAAUUCUUUCAACAAUUAGUGCAUAUCAAUCUAGCCAUGCUACGAAAGGGCGUUGUACAUCGUGAUCUCAAAAGUGAAAACAUUUUAGUUGAUCUGGAAUCCGAAUCACUCGUGUUGAUCGAUUUUGGUGCCAGUGCCAUUUGUAAAUCGUCGACAUCCUAUUAUUCAGAUUUUCAUGGCACAAAACAGUAUAAAUCGCCCGAAUACAUCACGAAAAAACGUUAUGCAGGUAUUCCAUCGACUGUAUGGACACUCGGUGUGCUGCUGUAUGAUAUGGUUUGUGGUAGUCUACCGUUUGAAAGUGAAGAGGAUAUCACUGGUCACAAAUUAGUUCUCAAACCACAUAUGUCAGCUUCAUUGAAAAAUCUAAUUCAACGUUGUCUCGCCCAAAAUCCUGACCGACGCCCGUCAUUUGAAUCCUUACUGGAGCAUGCUUGGGUUAAAGAUUAA